UGUGUGUGCUCAGUGUUUCUCUGGUGGAACGUCUCUAUAUUUUUGGUUGACAACCAACCAUCCAACCACAACACGUCUCACUCUGUGGGGAGUCCUUGUCUGUCUCUUUGACCCUUCUCGACACCGUGCUUUGGCGAGAUCCACUGCAGGGAUGGGUGAAGCUGGUGUUGAGUUGGACAGCCAUGUCACCUGCUCUCUGCUUCCCCAAAAUCCAGACCAGGUUCGACCGCGUUCCGAAGUGUCACAGAAGCUGCUGUUCAUGCUGGUGAGCCUGAUCCUGGGUGGCAUCGCCACAGAGGCCUAUUUAACCUACCAAUUCUACCAUCACCUGCAUGCUGUUUCAGCAUCGACUUCUGCCAACACAUCAGGACAAAACACACACAGCUUUGUUCUGACUUCAAAGUCAUUUGCACAUCUGACGGAUGGAUCCGAUGUGGUUCAUGAAAAUCAGAUCAUGCAUUGGAGCAUAAAUAAUUUAACUCUUCCUCCUGACAUGGACUAUAGACACGGGAGGCUCAUAGUUCGGAAAGAAGGAACUUACCAUGUUUAUUCUAAAGUUUCCUUUAUAAACAGCAGGGUCUUUCAGCACUGUGUAAUGCGUACCAGUCCUUAUUACGCAGCUGACAUUACCCUCAUGCGAUCACUGAAAUACUCACUGAGUUCCAGCGCAUGGGGUCUGUCAAACAGUUACCUGGGUGGAGUGUUUCACCUCUGCAGAGGCUGUGCUAUUUUUGUGAAAGUGAGCAACACCUCAAACGUUUUGCACGACGGUACCAAUAAUUUCUUCGGUGCAUUCAUGAUCUAGAUACUGCAGAUGACGACUUUAUGAUUGAAUGUUUUAUGUGCAGGGCGGGGCUCCGGGGAAGGCAGUAAGGGACUGUGUGGAAAUUAUUAAGAUGGGGAGGAGUAAUAUGUGGUUUGGACCCCUCUGUUGACUUGGACAAUAUUGAAACACCCUCCCCACUAAUUUUUCAACUCACACCUGAUUUGAAACUUAAUGUGUUGAUGGAGCAACAACCUUUUGCCCAAACUGCAAGUUAGAAGUGAAAUUUGGAAUUUGGAAUCACAGAUGGUGCACAUUUCCUAAGCAUUUACUCCUUUGAAUGAUCCUUUUUAAACAGAAAGUAUAAUAUUGCUGUGGGUUCAGCUGGCUGUGGGCUACUGCCCCAUUUUUUAGCCUAUAUUUGUUUGUACAACUGUUUGCAGAGCUUCCAUAUAUGUAACUGUCACUGAAUUAAUGUGAUACUGAAGAAAACUUCAUCAGAAAAUAAGUGUAUUUCUUUCUUCAAUAUUAUAACUCACGGACUGUUGCUGUGCACAGAAUGUUGUAGAUUUGUUAUUACAUUUGAAAGAUUUUUUCAUUACUACAAAGAAGACGUCACAGUGACAGGUGCAUAGAGGACGAAAAAAACUCCUGACAGGUAAAAUUACCUGAUUAAAGUCUGAGGACUUAAACAACAGAAAUGAAGUGAGAACAGCUGAUGGAGCCUGUGGGUUUUUAUCGAGUGCUUCCUGCAGCUCUGGCCUGUUUGCACAGCAUGAAGCUGCAGGUGAGGCUGAGGUGCUGCUGUGUGGUUUCAUUAGCAGUAGAAGCCCACCCUCCCACCAUAAUACACACACACACACACACACACACACACACACACACACAAACUUGAUGUUGUACAGUAGGGGUUUUUUCAGAACCGCAGAGACAUUUUCAGACUUAAAGUC